AUGUCUCUCUCAAAACACAAAAAAGAAUUAAAUGAAUUGUUCAAAGAAGCAAAAAAAUAUCUACUUCGUUACUUACUAUUUCUUUCUUUCGUAUAUGCUUAUAUUGCACUUGGUGCCCUUAUAUUUUUUUAUAUUGAACAGUGUUACGAUGUGAUUCCGGCUUCCUUAACUAAAGCUGAAAAGAAACUACAAAUACUUUGUUCCAAUAUCACGGACAAAAAUGCCAUCUUGAAUAAUAAUUCCCUACUUUCAUAUGAAAGUGAAUUUUGUGAGAAUGUGAUUUAUACAGAAAUUUAUAAUUGCGAGUUAAGCCUUCAGGCAUUCAAUAGAUGGACUGUGUAUACAUGUACCGUUGUCACCACCAUAGGUUAUGGAAACGUUGUCACCAAGUCGGAUACCGGCAAAAUAGUUACUAUGAUUUACGCCAUACCUGGGAUUGCAUUAACUGCUGGAACAUAUAUACCAGCAGCCCGUGGAUUGAUAGCUCUGACAAGGUCUUUUCUAAUUGUAAUUGAGAUCGGUUGGUUAAAAAGAAAAUGUAUCAAACAUUUUCCCAUAAAAGUCUUUGCUUUCCAAACUUGCCUUAGCAUGUUAUCGUUAACUGUGUGUGGUUUACUGUCCACCUUAAAAGAAUUGGAGGACUACUCACUAUUAAACGGAAUUUAUUUGGCAUUCGUUUCUUUAACAACAAUUGGCUUUGGCGAUUAUUAUUACAAAUAUGAUAAAUAUAUGCAUCAACCUUGGUUGCUUUUGCCGUCAACAUUUAUGUUUUCUGUUGGACUUUCUACAUUUGCUUCGGUUAUUUCAAGUAUCAGUGAUGUUUUAGGAAAAUAUGCUCCUCAAGAGAAGAAAAAAGGAAAAAACACUGUUACUAUAGAGGUUGCUAACGCCAGAUAUCUAGCUACCUAUUACCUGUAUGUUUUGCAGCUCCAUAAAAAAAUCGGCAAAGAGUACUUCUCAGUCGUCGGUGCAGUGGCGCUCGGAAAAAUCGGUCAGACUGGGAAAAGCAUCCAGGAAGAGAGACCGCAACAAAACCCGAACAGCGUAGUAAAAACAGAACCCAAAUGUAAAUAUUUAGAAAAGAUCGUUGGGUCUCCAAAUUUUUUUUUAGUCGAGCUCCGAGUUUGUCGAUGUUUACAAUUUUGGGGAGAUGUUUUAUCGGCGCAUUUAAGAAAAAGGUAG